GAUAAUUGGAGCUGUGUGCGGUGGGAGGGGGGAAAAAUGGCCGCUUGCGGAGCGACACUCGGAAUGAUGAGCGACAACAACGCAAACACAACCCCUUCAAAAUGUGACAGCUGACCCGAACCGACACCAGCACACACACCGGCUUCCGAACGGAUGGGUAUCGCGGCCGGUGGCGGGGAAGGUCAGGAACGACAGCGUUUGUGUUCAAGUUGUAAUUUGAGGGAAAUAGGUGAGUUAGCUAGCCUGCUAACGUUAGCCGCGCGCUAAACUGGGGCUGAACGAACCAGAACAAGAUACACGAAAACAGACCAUAGCAGCAGCAUAAUCACUGCUAGGAUGAGCGGACCGGGUCAAGACAGCGAGUCAGAGGCCAAAGUGCUUCAUAUUAAACGACUGUACAGGGCUGUUGUGGAAACGGUGCAUAAGUUGGAUAUUAUAAUCAGCGGCAAGUCAUCAUAUAGGGAGGUCUUCAAACCUGAGAAUAUCAGUUUGAGGAACAAAUUGCGGGAACUUUGUGUAAAGCUGAUGUUUCUGCACCCUGUGGACUAUGGGCGCAAGGCAGAAGAGCUGCUGUGGAGGAAGGUCUACUAUGAGGUCAUCCAGGUCAUCAAGACCAACAAGAAGCAUAUUCACAGCCGCAGUGCUCUGGAGUGCGCCUACAGGACCCAUCUGAUCGCUGGGGUGGGCUUCUUUCAACACCUGCUGCUCUACAUCCAGUCACACUAUCAGCUGGAGCUACAGGACUGCAUCGACUGGACUCACGUCACCGACCCACUCAUUGGUCGUAAGAAACCAGUCUCAGCCACCCCUAAAGAGAUGGAGUGGGCCCAGAUGGCGUGUCACAGAUGCCUUGUGUACUUGGGAGAUCUUGCACGGUACCAAAAUGAACUUGCGGGAGUGGAGGCAGAGCAGCUGGCGGAGCGCUUUUAUCACCAGGCCCUGUCUGUCGCACCUCAUGUCGGCAUGCCGUUUAAUCAGCUGGGUACGCUUGCUGGAAGCAAAUUUUAUAACGUGGAGGCUACUUACUACUACUUGCGCUGUAUUCAGUCGGAGACUCCCUUCGAUGGCGCUUAUGGGAAUUUAAAGCGUCUGUUUGACAAGGCAGCCAAGAUGUACCACCAGGUGAAGAAACAGGAGAUUAAAAAACUGUCACCAUCACGCCAGAGGUCAAAAGACAUCAAAAGACUGCUGGUGAGCUUCAUGUAUUUGCAGAGCCUGCUGCAGCCCAAGAACAGUCUGAUGGAGACGGAGCUGACAUCACUGUGCCAGUCUGUGCUGGAAGACUUUAACCUGGUGCUGUUCUACCUCCCCCUUCCUGCUCAUGGCAGCCAGUCAGCCAGUGAGGAGGAGGAAGAGCACGACUCGGUCUGUUCUGUGCUUCCUGACAGCCUCAUAUUCAAGAUGGUGGUGACUUGCCUUAUGGUGGUGCACAGUUUGAAGAGAGGGGCUUCAAAGCAGUACAGUGCCUCCAUCGCUUUCACGUUGGCUCUGUUCUCCCAUGUGGUCAAUCAUGUCAACAUUCGACUGCAAGCUGAACUGGAGGAGGGCGAGAGUGAUGUCCCACCCCUGCGCACUGAUAACACUGAUGACGCUGAUGCCAGAGAACACGGUAGUGCUGCUCUCUCAGAGGAGAGAACCCUGCUGAACGGCUCCCGAGAGGAAGAUGAUGAAGAGGAGGAUGAGGAGAAGAAGAACGAGGAAGAUGAGCCUAAGGGGAACGGAAGGACAGUGGGGACAAAGAAAAGCCUGGAGAAGAAAAGAUCAGCUGAGGAGAAGCAAAAACAGAAGCGGAAGUUCUCACGGCUCUCUAUGCUUCGCCGCAGACGCUGCGCUCACAAGGAGGACGAGAGUGACCUGAGCGAGGGAUUUGAGAGUGACGAAGAAGAGAGUGGGGAAGGCAGGGGUCCUGUCGACAGUCUGGGGGCCACUAGGGUCCAGAUAAACUCUUUAUCAAGGGAAGGGCGGAGGGGACCACUGCCAGAGGAUGGCAGCUGGGAAAGCGGUUCGGAGGAGGACGAGGGCGGCACGGCUUUUGACGUCGAGACGGACUCUGACAUGAACAGUCAGGAAUCUCGUUCGGACCUCGAAGACAUGGAGGAUGCCGAGAAUGCGCCACAACAACAGCAACAACAAGAGGAAGAUGAGCAACCGCAAGCGUCUAGGGAGGAAAACUCUACACCUCCAGUAACCAAUGGCCCGUUAGUGUCUAAUGACACCAGCAUCAGCAGUAACCUGCAGGCCAUGUCCUCUCAGCUAUUCCAAGCCAAACGCUGCUUUCGACUCGCCCCCACCUUUAGCAAUGUACUGCUCCGCCCUGCAGCUCCCACUAACCCCAUCCCAGACUCAAACCCUGCCCCAGUCCAAGAAGCCACACCUCCUACUGGAGAAAUACCAAGAAGCAUGAGUCCAGAGAUUGCUAAUGGAACCAAUGACAACGAUCCUGACUCUGAUUCUGAGGGCAGUGAGCACAGCAACCAUUCGCUUCACAGUGAGAAAACUCUUUCUGAGCGACUGGAUAUUCUGACAAAUCAGGGUCUCAUCCAGGUGGUGAAGGUUUUCUUGGAUUGGUUAAGGACGAACACUGAUAUCAUCCUCAUGUGCGCUCAGAGUUCUCAGAGCUUGUGGAACAGACUCUCAGUGCUGCUUAAUUUGCUUCCUGUGGGCAGCAAGAUUUUAGAAACCGAUUUAGGUCUGAAUAAGCAUGUAACAGACCUGCUGAAUGAGUGUGAGCAGCCUGGUUUGGUCCAGACACUGCUCUUGCCAGAGGAUCUGGCCCUCCGCCACCUUCCUGCCCUCAGCGUAGCCCAUCGACGCCUGGACUUCACUAGCCAGAGACCCCCUCUUACCCCUCUGGAUGAGUGUGUGGUGCGUGUGUGCUGCAUUCGCAGCUUUGGUCACUUCCUCACAAAUCUCCAAGGCAACGUGUUGCACUUCAACCCAGAGGCGGGCAUCUUCACCAGCAUCAGCCAAUCAGAGCAGGACAACCUGGUUCAGCAGGCCAAGGCCCAGUUCCGCAUGGCGGAGGAGGAAGCUCGCAGAAACCGGCUCAUGAGAGAUAUGGCCCAGCUGCGCCUACAGUUGGAGGUCUCUCAGCUGGAGGGCAGUCUGCAGCAGCCGAAAGCGCAGUCCUCCAUGUCUCCUUAUCUGGUGCCAGAUACCACAGUUCUCUGCCAGCACCUGGGGCUGCUCAGACAGCUGGCUGCCAGCGGCUGCUUCAUCAUCAUCAUCCCUCGCACAGUGAUUGAUGGUCUGGAUCUGCUGAAGAAAGAGAACUCUGGAGCGAGAGAUGGAAUCCGGUUCCUUGAGACAGAGUUUCGGAAGGGGAACAGGUACAUCCGCUGCCAGAAAGAGUCAGGAAGAAGCUUUGAGAGAGACAAAUUAAAACGACAGGACAUUGAAGCCUGGCACCUGUAUAAGAUGGUGGACAGCUGUCGCCAGCUGACAGGAUCUCAGAGCAGUGGAGAUGAAGACACUGCUGGCAUGGUGACCAUCCUGACAGGACACUCACUGGAGGAGCUGACUGAAAGAUCAGCUUCCAUGAAGGCGGCUGUCCAGACGGUGGCAGCAGCAGGCAUGGAGCUGAAGAGCAUCACUGACUUCUACCGGCAGUGGAAAGAGAUGGGCUGAGAGACGGCGUGGGAUGCAGGGGGUCAGCUCGGCAUUCAGCUGAUCGCACACUCACUCCCCCACUCUCUAUCUCUCUCUCUCGCUCGCUCUCUCUCUCCCACUUUACUGCUCUGUCUGUAACUGCGUCUCCAGGAAAAAAAACUAAAAAGAUGGAGUGUUUGAAGGAAGGAGGGUGCAGAAAGUGUUCAGAGAAAAGAGAAGUCAGAGGAACGGGGGCUUUAACAUAAAACAGCACAUCCUCAACCCCGACACAGGAGGGUUAAAAGAAGCUACGGGGUGAAAUCACUCAGUUUAAGUGCCCCUGGUGCGCCAUAACCAGGCAUAUAUACUGAUGAAAUGAGUGUAUAUGUUUUGAGAGAGAGAAACAAACAUUCAUCUGCAUAUACGUUAAAAACAAACUCAUAAAUCGGAAUAUAUAGAACAAUGUUUUUGGAUUAUUUUUGUCUUCUGGCUUCGGUCAUGGGGUUGCACUGCCACAUGGAUGUCUGUGUUUGACCGCGGCGGUGAGCACAGAACAGAAAUCAUCCUGUCUAGCGUUUACCCUCGACUCCCAGAGUCACAAAGGAUUCAGGGUUUAGGGUGUACACUUCUUUUUGAUGAUUAGUUCUUUCUAACGUGGCUUUCCCCACUGUUUUUUCUUUUUGCUGUGUAACUUUGUGAUUUAAUGUAUUGUGUUAUCUGUGUAUGAGCAAGAAGUCUGGCAAAUGGUUGCUUUUAUUUGAUUUUAUUUUUGUAUGACAUGUUAUUUCCUUUGUAUGCUGUGCUGAACACACAGGAAUGAGGAUGGGUGUAGAGAUCCAGUAAAGAGGUGGUGUGGAGUCACAGACAUCACCUGACUCCGGUCACACUCGGCUGUGCUGACAGAUGUGGAAGUGUUUCUGCUUGAAUCUAAACAUGAAAUUGCUACUCAGCAAAUCUAGUACCAGCCAUUCUCCAUCACAUUCUCAUAGUAAUUGUCCCAUAUUGCAUAACGCAAAGGAAUCCAAUGUACGUGUGAGGCAGUGCAUUAAACAAUAAAAUGAUUUCAUUUAAAAACCA